AUGGAUCUCCAAGGACAGCCCAUCCCCCCCGGCCACCGCAGCACCAAGGUGACAUCGGACCCCGAGCGCUACGAGCAACCCAUCCAGGAGCCCUCGGGCCCCGUCACCAAGGACUCCCUCGCAGCCGAGUCCGCCACCAAGGGCGGUGCCUUUGCCCAGAACCGCGGAGCCCAGCCCAUGGGCGUCUCCGGCCAGAACUCCACCGUCACCAACACCGACACCUCCAACGCCCGCAAGAUCGAACCUGCUUCCCAGCAGCCGCAGCCGCAGUCGCAGCAGCCGAACACCGAUAAGAUCCACCCCCACCAGCACCAGCCCAGACACAACGUUGGCCAGCAGCAGCAACAGCAGCAACAACAACAACAACAGAAGCACCAGCAAGCUCCCGCCAGCGGCAGCGGCUACCAAGGCGGCGUGGCGCCGUCCUACGUCCACGACGUCCUCGACAACCUGGGCAACACCAAGCCCAAGGGCACCAACCUCCAGGAGGGCGACAUCCCCGACGACGCCCCCAACGCCAGCUACACCACCGAUAUCGGCAGCGAGAACGAUCCCGGCCGCCUCGCGCAGGGCGGCUUCCAGCUGCGGUCGGCGGAGAGCGGCCCCGCGGGCACCCCCGCCGGCCGCCAGAAAGGUGUUGACGACCAGCAGCCGUUCCAGGCUCUGCAGUCGGACCAGCGCGCUUAG